AUAAAUCCUUCGCACAACAGCCCUUCCCCCUUCUCUCAUUUAUUUCCUAACAAACCGCUUGAAAACGCAAAACACCUCUCUGUAUUAACGUUAAUAUCAAAAGAUUAUCAGGCGAUGACUACUUCUGGCUUAUUAUUUAAGGAUAGUACAGCGAGGAUUAGUUUCAAUCGUGAAGAAUUUAACAUUGCUAUGGAUAGGUUUUAUAUUGAUUUUGUACCUAUUUGUACACAAAGUAGUAAAAUUUUUUCAUCACCAAAAUUCGAGGAUUUCCGAGAACUUGUGAAAAAGGCAAAUCAAUGGCUAACAGAAAAUGAUCACUAUGCUGUAGAUCAAUGCGAAACUUUUGGAGUAACUAGAGAUUCAAAGGUUGAUAUUGGAACGGCUGUAAAUUCUCAAUCAACCAAAUUCAACGUUAAUGAAAUUUCUCAUAGUGGUUACGUAAAAUACGAUCUAGAUAUUGUUUAUUGUUUGAGAUUAUACGUUCGAUUUAAAACGAAUAAUGAGCCUAUGGACUCAAAUCAUAUAUCAUAUAUCAAUGCUAUACCUGAAAUGAUAACCAGCGGCUGCUGUACUGAACCAAAAUUUGAAAGUUUUAAUAAAACAAUGCAAAACUUUAACGAAUCUUUAAAAGACAGCUUUUUUCCUGGAAAAAUUCUUAAUAUGGAGAAUAUAAGUAUUCCAAGAGAUGGACACCAUUAUAAUGAAGAUAGAACAGGAUUUCAAGAAGAUAAUAGUAGUACUGAACAUAAACUAUCCAUUCUACGUGUCUACUUUCUACAACAGGGACAAUCUUCCCGGGAAAGUAUCGGAUGUAAAGAUUUUAUCCCGUCUAUUACUAAAGUGGGAGGAUGCUGCUCUUCAAAUGACUACGAAACUGAUGAAGUAGUAUUGGUAAAAGUUAGAAAUUGGGUAAAAUCUCAAACCGGAAUAAGAAUUACAAACAUACAAACUAUUAAUGUAGACGAUAGAGGAGCAUUAAAAACUGGUGCAUCUCAAAAGUGUGAAUAUAUAAAAUCAAAGUACGCUCUAACUCCACAUUUUCGAAUAAUUCGUGUAUUCUACGCAAGUGAACCUGGUUCUUGUACUUAUAAGCCUAUUAAUUUGACAUGGAGAAAUUUUACUCCAGCUAUUACUGUCAAUAAACCAACAAACUCGGAUGAAUAUGAAACUUUUGAUUUAUUGUAUAAAAGGGAAAUAUUACCAUUUAUCAACUAUAAUUCUAAUGCAAAAGUGAUCAAUUUCGAAAUAAUACCAAUUUUUCCUCCAACUAAAUAUGUUACAUUAAUUUCAAGUGUUAGAAUAUAUUUUCAUGGAACUAUUCAAGAACCGCCAGCAAUUGUUUUAGGAAAUGUACAGCAUCCAAAGGAGGUGGAGACAUCUAAAAACUGUAAUAUACUGUAAAAAGAGUAUGUUAUUAUUUUGUUACUGGGAUUUUUUACAAAUUUUUCAAAUACACUAUUUAAAUACAUAUAUCUAUGUAAUUAAUUAGCUUUUUAGUUUUGUUUGAUGAAGGAAUCUAGCCCUGUACCUUAAAAGGCGAAGUAGAACCGAAUGACGGUUCAGAAGAUAAUUUCUCACCUAAUAUAAUUAAAUCUUUAAGAUUAUACAUCAAAAGAAAACAGGUAAAAGACUCUCAACAAGCCAAUUGCAAAGGAUUUUUCGAUAUUCUCCUAAGGAUAAUCAAAGAAAGAAGAUAGGAUAUUUUCACUCAAAAAAAUACACUAUAGCCAUUAAAUAAAUAUUUCCAAGCAUAUCAAAUAUCUGGAAAAAUAUUGAAUAUUUAAACUAUUGAAUUGAAUGGACAAUUAACUCUCACAGAUUCCGAAAUAACAGAAUUCUACGAAUCAAUUGAUUCUUGUAUUGAAUGUAUGCAUACUCGACUCUCUUUCCUACACGAUUGUCCAAUAGGUAAAAGAAUAGGUUUUUUAUCUUUUAUAUGAAUAAAUUCAAGUUUUAUUUAAGUAUAUUGAAUAAUUUAUUCUCUAUAUAUUAAAAGGAAAUGGUUUAAAUGUAUGCAAUGAAUAUGAAAAUUUACUAUCAAUUAUGAAUAGAUUAAGACUUUGGCUUGCCACAUAGACAUUUAUUAUAUUUAAAUAAUCUUACAAAAAUCUAGUAGUAUUCGUAUUAGAAGAUAGAUAGAUUUAAUAUAUGUGACUUCUAAUCCUGUUAUUAUAUAGGAAAGUAGAAACUAUUAUGAUGGAUACGAAACAUCGGAUGUAUUCCUUCAAAAGGUAAAUAAUACUCUUUCUAUGCUAUAAUUCUAAAGCGGAAGUCAUCAAUUUUGAAGUUGUUCCCUAAAGUUGGAGUUCUCCUAUAUGAUUACUGUUUAGUAUUGUGUUUAAGGGGUAUACUUUAACGGAACAAUAGAAGAUUCUCUACUCGGUUAUAUCUAACAUCUAUUGUCGCCUAUGACUGAAAAAGAAAACUGUCAUAACAUUGUUUAAAUAUUUAACUUAUUAAUAUAUUCCUUUUCUUUCUACUCUAAUCACUGUUAA